UCGAUCUUUACGCCUCGGAUCGAUGCAAAAAAUAGUGAUGGUAGAAGCAUUGCUCCAAGGUUAUUGACGAAGCAAGUUCGAGCAUCCCUAAGCCAUGGACGAUGGCUCGACUCGACCCCUCCGGCGUUUUUACCCGACCCCUACGGCGAUCUAAAAGGAAGCACACCACAUCAUCUUGGACCUGUCACCGGGCCGUGGGGACUAAGAUUGAGCCCAAGUCAUCUCCUGCUUGCAUGCCGAUGUGAUAUCGCCGAGACAGACCGUGGGCAGCCCUCAGCGAUUCUAUGUGGCCAGUGCGGCUGACGAGGGAUCAUUUCAGACCAGUCCAAUCGCAGUACCAGCAGAUUGCUUCCCCAUCUAUCACCGUCGCGGCUGAAUGGGAAGCACCUUGAAAGCAAUUAUGUCAUCACGGUCAACGAUGCGGAUGGGUUGGGCUUCAAUCUCAAAGAUCUUUUUACCCUCAUCUUCAUCUCUAGCAGAUGAAAACUGCGACGACUUACCGAUCCUGCCCACUGUACAAGAGUCAGUACUCUCAAGCACGUACAGACUUCUGCGGUCUCAGACAUCACGGCCCCGCUGUUAGUGCGAUAACUGGAUAUCGAUGUUGCCACAUGUCCCCUCGGGGGUACUGAAUACCGAUGUUAUGCAGAAUCAGUAUUGUGACUUAGAAUGCCCCAUCCUUGACGGCUUUCCAGCUCUCACG